AAUUUUCCCAAAAUUCUUUUGCGCCAAAAGUUUUUUCUCUAUUUCUUUGUAAAAUUGAGCUUUUCCGGGGUUUUCUUUGUGUUUAAUUGUUAGAAAAAUGGAAAGUGAGGAAAUUCUUAUGAAUAAUUCGCCCUCAAACAUAUUAAACUACGAUGAUAUUGAUGAUUUGGAGCAUCCUGAACUCUACCUUGGUCCGGAAUACGCUGUAGCCUCACCGGAAGAGCAUGAAAAGGAGCAGGAAGGUGAAGAUGAAGAAAAGCAAACAAAGGCUCCGGAAGGAUCAAAGGAAAACAAAAAACUCCGUCUUCCCGUGAGCAAAAUCAAGAAUAUGAUGAAAUUAGAUCCAGAAGCUGGAAAAAUCUCCCUAGAAGCCCUCGUGCUGACUACAAAGGCAACGGAAAUAUUCAUUGAAGCCCUGGCGAAGGAAGCAUUCACCCACACAGUGGGGGCUAAACGGAAGACACUGCAAAGGAAUGAUUUGGACGUUGCUAUUUCCACUGUUGAUGCUCUCUUUUUCCUCGAGGGAUGUUUUAAGACUUAAUUAAAUCAAAUUUAUUCAUUAAUUUCCAUUUAUUUUGUACAUUUUUGCAUAAUUUUAUGAAAUAAACCUGAAAAUUUUAACAUAA